GACGUCAUCGGUUGGGUGGGUUGCCGGUUCGAUUGCUUCCUCCUCGCCGCCCACCGAAUCCAAUUGGCGAACCAAGGCGGGAUUGCGAGCGCGAAUCCGCCCUCGAGACUACUCCAUGGCGUCGUCGGCCGACGCCGAGAGGGGAGGUGAAGAAGGGGACGGGGCAGCGAUUAGCGUGGUGGAAUGGCAGGGUUGGGGCACCUCCUCCCCGGUAACCGCAACGGUGAUGGAGGUGAUCAAGGACAUCAAGGCCUUGGCGAGAGAUUCCGACGCCCCCAUGACCUUUGGCGGCUUAGGUGGGAAGCUCAAGGGUACCUUCAAGGAUCAGGAGGAUAAAAAGCAUAGGUCAGUUUAUGAAUCCAUAUGUGAUUCUGAAAAUAAGAUGCAGUUCUUUUCUGCAAGGCAAAUAGCGUGUCGUUUGCUUGGAAAUCGAGGACACCUAUGCCGGAAGUGCUGGCUUGCUAUGGAAGAUUGCAUGUGUUCUAGGCUUGUUAAAUGCUCAUUAUGGUGCAGCAUUAAGUUUUGGCUCUAUAUGCAUCCAAAGGACUUCUUGCGCCAAAAUAACACUGGAAAGUUGUUAUGGCAAAUAUUUGGAAUUCAAUCUGCAGCUUUGUGCCUUUUUGGCAUCCGUGAACAUGAGGAUAUCAUGUGGAGUGCUUUCAGAGAUUCAGGGAAAGGUAUGGUAUGGUUUGUUUAUCCCAAUCAGAAUUCAUCACCAAUGUCUGUUGAGGAUCUCUUUUCAAGUGGCCCAUUUACUGGUCUUGAGAGUCAAAAGAUGGAUUUUGGUGAGAAGCCAUUGAAUUUUGUUCUGAUUGAUGGUACUUGGAGCAACUCAUCUGCAAUGCACAGACGUUUGAAGGAGAGGUGGGCAUUAACAUGGGGAGAGGAACAUCUGCCUUGUAUUUCUCUGUCGACCCUGGGUGCCUCUGUAAUGCAUAAGUUACGGCCUCAACCAUCAUGGGAUCGAACCUGUACAGCUGCUGCUGCUGCAGGGAUUCUCUGGGAACUGCAUCUUGUUCCUAGACUUAGCAUAUAUGGGUUGGAUAAACAGGCUGAGGCGGUAGAGAAUGCAUUGGAUGUGUUGCUGGAUGCUCUUGUGCAACGACGCUUGCGCAAGGGUAGGUCCAUCACACGGAAAGAGAGGCACAACAACUGCAUAUAAAGAUGACUAGCUCAUUUCCUUGAUCAGACUCGAUUGUUAUCAGAUGUUAGAUACUGACACUUAGAAGAAUCACAUUUUUGUUAUUGCUGAUGCUUUGGCUUAGCAUACACUGCCGAAUAUUUGGGGUAGAAAUGGUUGUAAUUGCAACAAAGAUUCUAGCAUGAUAUAGGUAGUAUGCUCGUCCUCCGAAGUCGAUAUCAUUGA